AGCAAUUCAAGGGCUUUAUUGUUUCAAUAAGUAUAAUGCCCGGCAAAACCUAAUUCACAGCAGCAUUUUGCACUGGCCGUUCAAGAUGUUUUUACCAUUACGACGCCUUGUGGUUGUUUUUGUGUUAGUUGUAGUUGCUUAUUCUCACGCAAAAGAAAAUAAAUUACAAGACCUGGGAGGAGAAUGGACUGCAAAGGAAACAAAUUACUAUUACGAGUUUCCUGUAACUGUACCAGGAGGCGUUUACACGGAUUUGAUGAAACAGAAUAUUCUUGAGGAUAUCUUUUUCCAAGACAACGACCAAGUAAGCAAGUGGGUAGGCCAGUGGAACUGGACGUAUCAUACAAAUUUCACAGUUGAUGCAGAUAUUCUUGAAUACGAUAAUGUACAUCUGGUUUUUGAAGGCAUUGACACUUUUGCUACAAUCUAUAUUAACGAUGUUGAAGUGGCGUCAACAAACAACAUGUUUGUGCAGUAUGUCUUCGACGUAAAGAGUAUCCUCAAAAGUGGCAAAAAUACUAUCGUCAUAUAUUUCCUAAGUCCCGUAUUAAUGGGAGCGGAUUUAUAUGCUGAACAAUUGAAGUCUUACAGAAUCCCAUACGAAUGCCCAGCGGACGAGUACAGAGGCGAAUGCCAUAUAAACAUGAUUAGAAAAAUGCAGGCGGCGUUUUCGUGGGAUUGGGGACCAUCGUUCGCAUCCAUGGGAAUUUGGAAGCCGGUAUACAUUGAAGCAUACGAUGAAACCGUAAUACGUUACGUAGUCACCCAACUAACCGAGCAAGACGAUAACUGGAACUUGAACGUUGACACGUAUUUUGCCAACAACGGCAAUGGAAAAGUGAAGGGAAGUCUUGAUUUGGAAAUUGCGCUGGAUAGCAGGAAGAUCAGCCAAAAAGUCGACGUUGAUGUUUCGCCUAACGAAUAUUCGGAACUCGUUCAAUCUACUUCUAUAGUUAUUCCAAAGAGUGAAGUCAAAGUUUGGUGGCCAAAUGGUUAUGGAGCUCAACCGUUAUAUACGUUAACCGCCGUUUUUGCGGAUGCAAGCGGUUCUUCUCGCAGUGAAAAGUCGACCAGAAUAGGUUUUAGGACCGUCGAACUUGUUCAAGAUCAACUUAACAGCGGACUUACAUUCUAUUUCAAAGUCAAUGACGUGCCGAUAUUCAUGAAAGGAUCCAACGAAAUUCCAAUCAAUAUUCUGCCCGAAUUAGGUCAAGACAAAGACACUAUUAAACGCGUUUUAACAAGCGCCCAGGAAGUGCACAUGAAUAUGUUAAGGGUUUGGGGCGGCGGCGUGUACGAAUCUGAUUAUUUCUAUGAUUUGGCCGAUGAAUUGGGCAUUCUGAUAUGGCAAGAUUUUAUGUUUGCAUGCGCGUUAUAUCCGUCGACUGAUGUUUAUUUAGAGAAUGUUGUUGAAGAAAUUCGUCACAAUAUCAAAAGAAUUUAUAAUCACCCGAGCAUUGCUAUAUAUUCAGGGAAUAACGAAAAUGAAGGUGUUAUAGCUGACAAUUGGUACGGAACUAAUGAUAACAUUAGCUUGUAUAAAGCUGACUAUGUUAAGUUAUACGUUGACACCAUAAGAACGGAAUUUGACAGAAUAUCGCAUAAUUCUGGAAUUUACGUAACAUCCAGUCCUAGUAAUGGCAAAGAGACUGAAUCCGAAAAUUAUGUAGCAACAAAUCCUGGCAAUCAAUUUUACGGAGAUGUGCAUUUCUAUAACUAUAAUUUAGAUCCCUGGAACUCCAACUUCUACCCCGUUCCGAGAUUCUGCUCGGAAUAUGGUUACCAAUCAUUGCCGGAUAUCGAUACCUUGCUUACGGCCACCAACAACACUGCCGAUUUACAAAUCACUAGUGAUUUUAUGGACCACAGGCAGCACCAUCCAGAUGGAAAUAAUGAAAUGAAACUUUUGAUCGAUCUUAAUCUUCAGUUGCCUAGUGACUCGUCGGAAAACUACUACAAGGCGUACAUUUUUUACUCGCAGAUAUAUGCGGCCCAAUCGAUUAAAGUGGAAUCCGAACAUUACCGAAGGUACCGGAGUAUUUUAGAUGAUCAAGGCCGAGGAUAUACCAUGGGCGCUUUAUAUUGGCAAUUGAACGAUGUCUGGGUGGCGCCCACUUGGUCUAGUAUUGACUACACUGGAAAAUGGAAAAUGCUGCACUACUUUGCCAAGGAUUUCUUCGCUCCAAUUAUUGUUACCGGCCACAUCAACAACGAUCGGCAGCUCCAAAUUUAUACCGUUUCGGACCUUUUGAGUCCCGUAACGGACACCGAGCUUAUCGUCAGAGUCUAUCAGUUUAACAGUUCCUUCUCUCCACUUUACGAACGUAAAAUUAAUACGGACAUAAAUGCCAGUGAAUCCGCAUUAGUUGAAACGAUAAAUACGGAUGAUUUCCUUUCCGGUUUGGGCUGUGGAGGUUUAUUAACAGCCAAAUACAAUUGCUUUUUCUAUUUUGUGAUACGCCAAAAUUCAGAUAACAUCAGUCCGGAAAAUUACGCCUUCGCGGGAAGUCUAGCUCUUUCCAAUGUCGAAACUCCAAAUUUGCAGAUCUCUAGCGUAGCAAAAGUAAGCGACGAAGAAACGUACGCAAUUACACUGACUAGUGACAAAAUUGCACUGUUCGUUUGGUUAGACUCCCAUGCGAUUAGAGGAAAAUUCUCUGAAAAUGGAUUCUUGUUGGUAGAAGCAAAUAGGACGGUUUACUUUACGAGCGAAUCCGAAACAAGUGCAGAUGAUUUAAAGAAAGUACUUACUGUUACCAAUCUUAAAGAUCCAGAAUAUUUUAAAUAAUGUGAUUUCUGUCUGGCUGUUUAAUAAACACUUGUGGAUGAAUAAAUGUUUGUUUUAUAUGUUA